AGAUCAAAUUAUAUAAACUAGUCAUACUUAGAGGUUUGUAUUCGCACCAGUCUGUUAGAACAUUAACUGAGUCUAUCAUGCAGGCUUCUGUGGUACUUUCGUUUCUUCUUCUUUUGGUCCUUUCAAUGGCAAAUGCUCAACAGAGAAACUUCAACUUGAGCCGAGGCUCUUCUCUCUCUCCCACGGGAAACUCAUCCUUGUUCUCACAAUCCGGCACUUUUGCCUUCGGGUUCUUUCCUUUUGGUGGUGGCUUCGCAGUAGGCAUAUGGUAUGAAGGAACUCCACAAAAAACUGUUGUCUGGACAGCCAACCGGAAUGAUCCUCCGGUAUCUCGGAAUGCCACCAUUGGAUUGACAAACGAUGGUAGGCUCAUCUUGCAAGAGGUGGGAGGCCAAGAAAAAACCAUUGCCAAUACUACAGAACCAGCUUUAUUUGUUUCCUUGCUCGAUCCUGGAAACCUUGUUCUCUACAAUUCGAAUUCAAAAAUUAUAUGGCAAAGUUUUGAUUACCCAACAGACACCCUUUUGCCAGGUUUACUUCUACGAGCUGGGGAUCAACUCGUUUCAAGUAUCUCUGAAACCAAUCACUCGAUGGGAAGCUUUCGGAUCAAGAUGCAGACCGAUGGGAAUAUUGUGAUGUAUCCAGUAGGUUCUCUUGAUGCUCCAGACUAUGCUUAUUGGGCAGCAGCAACAAAUUUUGUAGGAAAGAACGCAACUCUGACGCAAGAUGGAAACGGCCGCCUGUACAUGCUUAAUAGUAGUGGCGCCGAGGUGAAGAACAUCAACAAUGGAGCUGUUCCCUCUGAUGGAAAGAUGUAUAGAGCAACAAUUGAUGCAGACGGGAUAUUCAGGGUGUAUUCUCAUAACUUGAUUGAGAAUGGUAGUCAAUCAAUCGAGUGGUCUGUGCCAGAUGAUAGAUGCACUCCUAAAGGCAUAUGUGGCAUCAAUGGCUAUUGUGAUCUCGUAAGUCUACAACCUGUUUGUGCUUGUCCUCCUGGUUUUGUUUUCAUCAAUCAGGAGCAAAGAAAUUUGGGUUGCAAUAGAAACUUCAUUGCAGAAAGUUGUGCCUUUAAAAAUGACCAUACAGAGUACACUAUUCAGGAAUUGCAAAACAUUGUAUGGAUAGAAAGCACAUAUGCCAUUUUGUCCUCUGUGACGAGAGAAGAAUGCAACCUGGCAUGUUUAGAGGACUGUAAUUGUGAAGCUGCUCAGUUCCAAGGCCAAGAAUGCAAGAAACAAAAACUUCCAUUGACAUUUGGGAGAAGAACACAACAGGAUCAAGCUGGCAACCCGAGCCCAACAACGCUUGUUAAAGUAGGCAUGGACUCAGGUAGGAAUGGGACAAUGGAUCCCAAAGAAUCCCGGAAAGUUUUGCGAAUGGAUAUCUUAGUCAUUGGUGUUGCAUGUCUUUCUUUCGCGUUGAUUGUGCUAGCCUUUUCCGCUUUUCUAAUCUUUAGAUAUCGUCUUUGGGCAUACAAAAAGAUUCCUUAUAAAACUAAUGAUCAAGGAUUGAUUGAAGACGUCACUCUUCGAGCAUUUACUUACAAUGAACUCGAAGUUGCGACGAGUGGCUUUAGCGAACAACUGGGUAAGGGCGCUUUUGGGACAGUUUUCAAGGGUACCUUGUCAGGGCAGAGAACAAUUGCCGUCAAGCGGCUUCAUCAAGAAAUGGUGGCAGAUGGAGAAGUGGAAUUUCGAAACGAGAUGAGGUCCAUUGGAAGAACCCACCAUAGAAACCUUGUCCGCCUGCUAGGUUACUGCCAUGAUGGUUCCAAUAGGCUUUUGGUAUACGAGUACAUGAGCAAUGGAACACUCUCUGGCUACCUUUUGAAAUCGCAGUUAAAGCCAAAUUGGGAAGAAAGAAUUAACAUCGCUUUGGAUAUAGCAAGAGGGAUUCUAUACUUACACGAGGAAUGCGAGACCCGCAUCAUCCACUGCGACCUCAAUCCCAACAACAUAUUAAUGGAUGAGUAUGGGUGUGCAAAAAUUGCAGAUUUUGGAGUAGCGAAGCUAUUAAUCCCAGACCAUUCCAGGACUCUCACUGGGGUGAGAGGGACAAGAGGUUAUGUUGCCCCUGAAUGGCACAAGGGCAUGCCCAUCACCGUGAAAGCCGAUAUUUUUAGUUUUGGGAUUAUGUUUUUUGUCAUUAUAUGUUGUCGCAAGAGCGUUGACAACGAUGCUCUUGAAGGAGAGGCAAUUCUUGUAAAAUGGGUCAAUGACUGUUUCGAGGCCGAUGAACUUAGCAAGCUGGUGCCUGAUGAAGUUGAUCAGCAAAGCUUAAAAAGGAUGAUCAAAAUUGGGUUGUGGUGCAUAGAAGAAGACCCAGAAGUCCGCCCUUCAAUUAAGAAGGUGAUUCAGAUGUUGGAAGGUACUAUAGAGAUAGCUGAACCUCCAUCGACCCAAUCUUCAUUUCAGCAUUAGUUCUUCAUUAUUUAAAAGAGUGAAGUAUUUCUUUUCUUCCCAUAAAACUCGAUUUGUAAUUGGAUUUAAAGAAGUUCAAAGUUUUUGCUAUCAAGCUAGU